UUUUCCAUUCGAGAUUAUGGUUUUCUUAUGUCGUAGCUCCGAUUAUUCGUUGUAGUUUUCGGACGACGAAUUGGGUGUUCAUAUGUGUUUGUGGGACCAUUGGCAUAGUUCGUUGUUUUGGUUGUAAAUAAUCUCUUUGGUUCUUUAUUCUGUUGUUUGAUCCAUUGGAAAUUUUGGAGAAGGGAUUACUUCAGGCGAAGGAGGAUCAAUGAAUUGACCAGAGCCGACGGAGGAAUGGGUUUUUCUAUCGAGGGUGGCAGUGGUUGAUGGUGGAAUUUGUUGAUUUUUUUCCUUGGAUUUGGCUAGUGGGUGCUGUGGUAUUGUUGAGAAAGGCGCCAUCUCUUGGUAACGGACCAGAAGCAAAGGAAUCAAAGGAACGACAAUGAGAUAUCUGCUGGGGUGAAUCCAACUUGGUCGCAGAAGAAGAUUAACGAAUAGGAGGGUUCAUGGCAAACAGAGGCAAUAUCCCUACUAGCAACUCGGCGCUUAUUGCCAUGAUUGCCGAUGAGGAUACUGUCACUGGAUUCUUGCUAGCUGGCGUUGGGAAUGUUGAUCUUAGAAGGAAGACAAAUUACCUCAUCGUGGACUCAAAGACAACUGUGAAAGCAAUUGAAGACGCAUUCAAAGAGUUCACCACAAAGGAGGAUAUUGCUAUUGUGCUGAUUAGCCAAUAUGUUGCAAAUAUGAUAAGGUUUCUGGUCGACAGCUACAACAAGCCAGUUCCUGCAAUCUUGGAGAUUCCUUCGAAGGACCAUCCUUAUGACCCAAAUCAGGAUUCAGUUCUUUCCCGUGUGAAGUACUUAUUUUCUGCAGAGUCUGUGGCUUCCGGGAGGCGUUGAAAUUUCAACUUUUGCCUAUUGUAGUGUCCUACAGAUCACAUUUUAGCUCUCUUCUCUUUACCGUAUUACACUUGCGAUCUCUCUCUCUCUGUAAGCUGCUGCCUGCAAUUGCAUAGAGAAUUUUCCUUGAAAUAAAAAAAAAUGCUGGUUA